CCCGCAUUUGUUUCGCGACCGUUGCUUGAUCGGUUUGAUUUUCGGAUAGUUUUUCUUUCGAAAUUUGCAAGAUUUGUUCAGUUCUUAUCGCGUCGUGCUCUCUCUGACUAGAGAGGUAAAUCGAAGUCAAUACAAACCCAGUAAAAAUGGCUAGUUUAAGAAUACACGAAGACCAAGAAAACCGCGUCCCCGACAUUCGGCAAAAACAAACCAAUGUGCAACAAAAAAGGCGAGUAUUAGGGGUCAUCGACGCCAAUAAACCAUUGAAUGUACAAAAGAAUCUCAAGGGAAAACAGCCUCUAGGUGUGCAGAAUCCUAUUGCUAACAACAAGAAAAAUGAAGCUGAAAAUGUGGUCCAAAGGGAAAACAAAAAAAAACCUCGUCAAUCCUGUGGUCCCAGUCGCCCAAUUUGAAGCCUUCAAGGUAUAUGAAGAUGAAGAACGUAUGGCUAGAAUUGACAAGAUACUUAAGGAAAAAUGCAAGAAUUCAAAGUCUUUUUAUAAAGGAACAGCUGAAGAUAGAUUCCUAACAAAGACUGAAGUUGCUGAAAUGGAAAGGAUUCGUAAAGAGAAAGAAGAAGAGGAAGAUUCAAAGGAUCGUCUUGAGGAUGUUGAAUUGGACAUUUGUCCAAUGAGUAUUGAAAAAAACUUUGAUGAUUCCAUUGAAUUAGCUGAGGAUGUUAUCAUUAAGACUGGCAAAAGAAAGGAUAUCUUCUUUGAAAUGGAAGAAUACCGUGAUGAUAUCUUCAAAUAUUUGAGAGAACAUGAAUUGGUAAAUAGACCAAAACCAGGCUACAUGAAGAAACAGCCUGAUGUAAACUCAAACAUGAGAACCAUUUUAGUAGAUUGGUUGGUUGAGGUUGCAGAAGAAUACAAAUUGCAAACUGAAACCCUGUAUCUGGCCAUUAACUAUAUUGACAGAUUUUUAAGUUACAUGUCUGUAGUUCGAGCUAAAUUGCAGCUUGUUGGAACUGCUGCAAUGUUUUUGGCUUCAAAAUAUGAAGAAAUCUACCCACCAGAUAUUGGUGAAUUUGUUUACAUCACUGAUGAUACUUACAAUAAGCGUCAGGUGAUUCGUAUGGAGCAUCUCAUCUUGAAAAUCUUAGGAUUUGAUUUGUCUGUUCCCACUCCAUUGACUUUUAUUCACGCUAUUUGCGUUUCCAACAAACUGACUGAAAAAACUCUCUAUUUGGCAAUGUAUCUCGGUGAAUUGUCAAUGUUAAAUGGUGAAGCCUACUUGGAGUUUCUACCUUCCACAAUAGCUUCUUCUGCAUUGGCACUGGCUAGACACACUUUAGGACAAGAACCAUGGACUGAACAUCUUUCAAAAUACACAGGGUAUGAGUUAAAUUCAUUGUUGAAAUGUAUUGAAUUUUUGAACAUGAUGUUCAGGAUGUCGCCCACUAGCUCACAGCAUGCCAUAAUGGACAAAUACAGGAACAAAAAGUAUUUGAGUGUAUCAAGCUUGAAACCAAAUCCCAAGCCAAUCUGUUAAGACUGUAUUUUAUAUAACUGAUUUUGUUUAUCUAAAUAACUGGGACGAAUGUGCCUUGAUUUUACUUAUUUUAACUAUUAUUUUUAAGUGUUUUCACUGAGCCUGCGUGAUUUUGGAGUCCAGGCCAAUAUGUUUGAAUAAAACUAUAUGUAAUUUUAAAAUAAGCCAUAUUUUCCAAUAAGUAGAAGUGAUCUGCACAAUGACGUAUAUAUAAUAUCAACUGUAUUAAAAUUAGCAAAUUAUCAGGGGCAUUUUUACAGUUUACGACUUAGCCAAGUAUUUGUGCGCUUAUUUUAAUAAUUUGUUAAUUUAUAAUUUAGAUACUGCCAAGUGAUAAUACCUUAACAUUGUUAUCAAAUUUUUUAUUAUUGAACUCGACCACUUUGUUUUAUAACUGGACUUGAAUUUGAUGAGAUUAACCUAUCAGCAGCCAUAAUAGUAUUUUUGUAUUAAUCCAAAAGCUGGUUUGUUAAUCUAAUCACUAUUUUACAUGCUAAUUUUAAUAGUAUCAUUAAAGGUUGUAAAUAUAUUUAUUUUUAGCGUUAUUUUUAGGAUUAACUUUAAUGUUUUUUAUACUAUUGCCAGCUAUAUUUGGAAUUUACGCUUAUAUGACUACAUAUUUGUUUUUAAAAUUAGGUAUAAUUUUUGCAAUAAAC